CUGCAGAAGAUUUGCUUGCUCACCCGGUUAGUCUUGUUUAAAAUGAACAGAUUUAUGGGCCGUCAGUCAUCUCAGUGCACAUUUAGAGUUUCAGAGAUGCUCUGAUCUGGAACACUGCACAGAGCUGCAGCACACACAAAACACUCGAUAAGCUGACAAAAGUGUGAGAGAGAUAUUGAUGUACAUCUUUACUGUGUUGUGGAAUUUCUGCUCCUGAUGGAUUUACCACUGCUGCUGUGCCUUCAGGUCGCGCUGCUCUUUAUGAGUGGGGUGGCAAAUGCAGAAGAUUCAACUACAUCCAUGUUUCCUGUUGACUCCAGUGCCGAAAAAUGUACAUUUCCAAACAGUACAAGCAUCUGUCUUAUUCCGCUCCAAACCCCAUUCAUGCAUGAUGGAGACAUGCAGAAGACAGCAUAUGUCAGCUACAAAGGUUUCCUGGCAUUUGACCAACCAGUGGAUAACAACCUCAAUCCCAGUCUAGAAGGUUACAGAAACAUCAUCUUUCCGGCUUUGUACCCCAUCUUCAGCUUAAACAUGAGAAAUGUCACCUUCAUGCAAGCCACAGAUGGCCCUCUUGUAACAUUAGCUACAAAGGAAAUUAAUGCCAUGUUCCCUGAGUACCCCAGCUUUGUAGCUACAUGGGUCUUAGUGGUCACUUGGCAAGAUAUGUCAAACCCUGAAUAUACGGAUACAGUACAAGUUGUGUUGACCUCUAAUGGUGUAGAGCACACUUUCAUCCUGAUGAACAUUCAGAGUUUCAUAAGUUUCAUGGCCUUGGUUGGCUUUGCAAAGAACAGUUUCAGAAAUUUGGGGAUAAUCCAGUGGACUCCUUCUUAUCUGUUGUUUACUGAAUCUAAUCGCUGGGCUUACGAAGUUCAGAAGGGACCGUCUGAGCUUAGACGUCCUGUCGGGACUUUUCCAUUAAGGAAACCAGACGUUCUGAAUCCUGGUGUAAAUGCCAUUGAAGUGAAACUGCAAAAGCCGUUUAAAUACUUUGGAAAAUACUUUGACACAAUAUAUGUAAAUGAGAAUGGAGCUCUGAGUUUCUCUGUUCCACUCCCUGACUCACUGACUCCUGUUGUAAAUGCUGACAUUAACAUCAUCGCUCCGCUGUGGACCGACCUUAAGGCUGAUCUCCCAAGUAUCUACUACGGAGAAACCAAAGAUUCCAUACUGCAAGACAGUGUAGCUUUUAUUUUUAGAUAUCUGUUUGCUGAAUUAAACUUCAUCCCUUCCUGGUCCUUCACAGCCACCUGGAACAACAUAUCCUACAUCAAUGGAACAGGGAGGGCCACUUUUCAAGCAGUUUUGGUCUCUGAUAAUGAAAGCACCUCAUUGGUGGUGAUGUCCUAUAUCUCUGUUGACCCUAUUAAUGGCCCCUGGCUGGCUGGCUAUCAAGCACUAGAUCCGAUCUUUAGUUAUAAGCUGCCAAUAAAUGACAUCUCUGAGCUGGCUCGAAGCAACACAUCAUUAGGUUGGUGGAUUUACCGCGUUGACGAUGAACUCCCAGCCCUCUGUGAACAUUUGAUGUGCACUGAAAAUGAGGUCUGUGAAAGGAGAGAGUCAGGUAUCGGCUGCUACUCUGUGAACAAGACCAACCCUGACACCGUUGCCCUCUGUGAACAUUUGAUGUGCACUGAAAAUGAGGUCUGUGAAAGCAGAGAGUUAGGUAUCGGCUGCUACUGUGUGAACAAGACCAACCCUGACAACUUUGAUGCCAUUGAGGCAUGUACAGACAGUAGUGGGUCAGUGUCUCUCUCUCGCUGUCAGCUGUUUGAAGCUGGAUAUUCUGUAGAAGAGCUUCACCUCAAGGACCCCAACUGUACAGGCGUAGUCGAAGAUGGCAGGCUGGUGUUCAGAUUUGACAGUGAUGCAAAACUCUGUGGUGGUAAUCUAGAGAGUAACACCACACAUCUAAUCUACAACAAUGCAGUCAGGACACUUUCAAAAUUGAUCAGCCACAACAGUAGGCUUAAUAUCUCCAUUUCCUGUGUGUAUCCUCUCAUCCUGAAUCUCUCCAUGCCCAUGGCCUUACAAGCUGAAGGAAGUGUGAUUGACAAGGAGGUACCUGCUGUUGAGGGCACGUAUCAGAGCCACAUGCUUGUCUAUCCCAAUAAUUCCUUUACAGAGCCUUACUCUGGCAAUGUGACCAUUGCUCUGAACCAGAAGAUCUAUGUGGCUGUGAAAGUGGCAGGAUUUAAUAGUGAUCAUAUUGCCACUGUUCUGGACAGUUGCUGGGCCACGCCAAAUAUGGACUCCAACUCCGACAUCUGCUGGUACCUGAUUGUUAAAGGGUGUCCUAACCCCGAUGAUGGUACAGUGGAGGUGCUGGAGAACGGCAUCUCUACAUCCAGCUACUUCUACUUCAGGAUGUUCUCUUUCUCUGCUCUUGGUGAUAGCAUCUUCCUUCACUGUCAGGUCCACCUAUGCCUGCUGGAUAGUGGUAACUGUGAAAUGCGAUGUGAUUGAAACAGAGGAUGCCAGGAACUAGAGGGGUGAUACAGCUAUUCCAUGAUCAUGGGCUUCUGAUUUGCUUAUUCGUACUUGUACAAUUUUUGUAAGAGGGCUCUGAAAAAGUAUCAUUUUUCUGUCUUCUGUUUAAUGAAAGUGUUGUGGGGACUUAAAAAAAUUACCAUUUCUAUUUUUUCAUCAAAAUUAUACUAUAAUAAUCACAACCAAUGAUCAAAAACUAUCAUAAAAAUAGAAUUUGUUAUUUUUUAAAAUCUUUUUUUUUCUCUGAUCCUUGGAAAUUUUGUGUGAUUGUACUCUCCUGCAGUAUCUUAUUAUUGCUAAAUAUCAGUGAAACUGGAUCAGUCUUAAGUUGUGUCCAAAUAUUACAUAAUCUAGUUCUCUACUUCUGUUCUAAUAAUAAAGACUAUGAUGCUCACA